AACGUUGCCUCUUUCUUGGGAACUCCCAGCCUAUCUGGGUUGUCACCUCCUUCCCUCCACUUAUAAUCUAAACAAAACACCAACCACGUCUUUGAAGAAAAAAUAAAAACCCAAAAAAUAAAGUAAAAAGUAAAAAAAAAAAAAUUACCAACUACAAUUAGUUUUAGAUCCCUUUUUCAAGUACAUUUGCCAACCCUUUUGUGCUCAAACAUCAUCCCGCCCAGGAGGGAUGGAGAUAGAAAAAUAACCAAGUAAACAAAACCCAAUCUUUUUCUAUCCUCCUUGCCAUCACCACUUUCGACACCGAUGGCUCUCCUCCUGGUCCUUCUUUUCUCCCUCCUUGCCUCCCCCACCUUCGUCCUCUCAGCGUCCUCCCCACCGUUUACUCCCCAAGACAACUUCCUCAUCGAUUGUGGCGCCGCCACCAACAAGGCCACCCUCCCUGAUGGGAGAGCCUUCAAAACUGAAUCAGAAUCCACGCAGCAGUUGAAGGCAGAUGAUGACAACAAGGUCUCUGUCGACAAGGCAGACGUGCCUUCCCCUCUUUAUUUGACUGCUAGGAUUUUCAAGAGCGAUGCCACUUACACGUUCCACAUGGCAAGGCCGGGAUGGCAUUGGAUUCGCCUUCAUUUCUACCCGCUAAGCAACUCGGUGUUCGAUCUUCAAAAGGCUACAUUCAAUGUCAUGACGCAGAAGUACACUUUGCUACACAGCUUCAAUGUGAACGAAAACAAGAACAACACAAAGAACCAAAUUUUUAUGAAGGAGUACCUUUUGAACAUAACCGAGCAGCAAUUCUCCAUCAAGUUCUCUCCCAUGAAAAACUCUGCGGCGUUCAUCAAUGCCAUUGAGGUGGUUUCAGCUCCUGAUAAUUUGAUCACCGACACGGCUAACAACCUUCAGCCGGCAAGCCAAUUUCAAGGGUUGUCUAAAUUCGGGUAUGAAACAAUGUACAGGCUUAACAUGGGAGGACCCCUUGUCACAUCCACAAAUGACACAUUAGGACGCUCUUGGUUGCCCGAUGACGCAUACAUCAAGUCCAAAAACAUGGCCAAGGCUACGUCGGUUGGGACUAGUACGAUCAAGUAUCCCGAUGGACUAACCCCCCAAAUCGCACCACCAACUAUUUAUGCAACCGCUGUCCAAAUGGCUGAUGCUGUUGUGAGCAAUCAAAAUUUCAACAUAACAUGGAAUUUCCAGGCGGAAAAUGCAUUUGCCUACUUAAUUCGAUUACAUUUUUGUGACAUUGUAAGCAAGUCACUUGGUAACCUCUACUUCAAUGUGUACAUUAACGGGAACAUGGCGAUAAGCGAUUUGGAUUUGUCACACACUGUUAAUGGUUUGGCAAUUCCAUACUACAAGGACAUUGUCGUAAAUGCUUCAUUGGUAUCUGACGGGUUAUCAGUCCAGAUUGGUCCUUCAAGAAUGGACAAUGGCGCACCAAAUGCCAUUUUGAAUGGUUUGGAGGUGAUGAAACUAAGCAAUUCCGUGGACAGUUUGGAUGGCGAAUUCGGGGUUGAUGGAAAGAAAGUGGAAACAGGCAGCGGCGGGCCUCACAGAGGUGCGGUGGCUGCAGUCGGGUUUGGUUUAAUGUUCGGGGCCUUCGUAGGGCUCGGAGCAAUGGUUUACAAAUGGCGGAAGAGACCUCAAGAUUGGCAAAAGAGGAACAGUUUCUCUUCUUGGCUACUUCCUGUCCAUGCCGCCGACACUAGCUUCAUGUCGAGCAAGACCUCAAACAACAUGUACAACUCCACAUUAGGCCUUGGCCGCUACUUCACUUUUCAAGAGUUACAAGAAGCCACCAACAACUUUGACUCGAGUAAGAUCAUUGGUGUUGGUGGAUUUGGCAAUGUGUAUCUUUGCGUGAUUGAUGAUGGGACUAGCGUGGCUGUCAAGCGAGGCAACCCCCAAUCCGAACAAGGCAUUACAGAGUUUCAAACAGAGAUCCAGAUGUUGUCCAAGUUAAGGCACAGACAUUUGGUGUCACUGAUUGGCUACUGUGACGAAAACUCAGAGAUGAUCUUGGUUUAUGAGUACAUGUCUAAUGGACCUUUCCGCGAUCAUCUAUAUGGCAAGGACUUGCCUCCGUUGUCAUGGAAGCAAAGACUAGAAAUCUGUAUCGGGGCAGCUCGCGGGCUUCAUUACCUUCACACUGGAACAACACAAGGCAUCAUUCAUCGCGACGUUAAAACAACUAACAUUUUGCUUGAUGAUCAAUUCACUGCCAAGGUUGCUGAUUUCGGUCUUUCCAAAGACGCGACGAUGGGACAGAACUAUGUAAGCACUGCCGUGAAAGGAAGCUUCGGGUACUUAGACCCUGAAUAUUUCAGAAGGCAGCAAUUGACAGACAAGUCGGAUGUGUACUCGUUUGGGGUUGUUCUACUUGAAGCACUGUGUGCAAGGCCUGCUAUCGACCCGGCACUUCCGAGGGAGCAAGUGAACUUGGCUGACUGGGGAAUGCAGUGGAAGAGGAAGGGACUUCUUGAAAAGAUCAUUGAUCCUCUCCUCGUUGGAUCCAUUAACCCUGAAUCAAUGAAGAAGUUUGGCGAGGCUGCAGAGAAGUGUUUGGAAGAACAUGGUGUGGAUAGGCCCACAAUGGGAGAUGUGUUGUGGAACUUGGAGUAUGCUCUGCAACUUCAAGAGGCAUUCACUCAAGGAAAGCCUGAGGAUGAAAGUAGCAGCGCUGUGCUGCCUUCCACUGAGGUCAAUGCCGCUGCGACAUCCCCUGCUGCUGUUGCGGUUCUUCCCCCUAAUACCCCAACUUCGGCUAGCCACCCAACUACUAUCCCUGAAGGCGACGAGGGUUCAACUAAUGCUCACCCCAUUGAUGACCAAUCGAGAACUGAUAUAUUGGCUCAAUUUUCCAAUCUAAAUGGUAGGUAAAUUCAGAAAAUUUGGUUCACCAAAUGAAAGAUGAUGAUCUAGUAGUAUUUGUAGCCAUGGUGGCCUAAUCUACUCUUGCUAAUAAGUUGGUCCCUCCUUUUUUCUCUCUCUAAUUUUGUUUGGGGUAUUGGGUUUUCAAGAUCAUAACAAAACUUUUUUAAAUUAAUACAAUAUGAUGAUUGACUGGAUGAGGAAAUUAUAUAAUUAUUUUAGUGUAA